CUGGGGCAGGCGGAGCGGGGCGGGGGAGAGGGGGUCGGAGCCGGCGAGGCGUGAUCGCCCGAAGCCCCUCCCGCCUGCGGGGAAGCCUUAAAACACCCCGGCGAAGAGCAGAGCCUCGCACUCGGGAGCCCCGACCCACGGGCGGAAAGAAGCGCCUCUCUGAGCCGAGAGCCGCUCCGCUGCAGCCGCCGCCAUGCAGGGCACUGUGAGGCUGUGGGUGUCGGUGCUGACUUUCGCCCUGUCGCUGCUGGUCUGCCUGGGGACGCUGGCAGAGGCGUACCCCUCCAAACCGGACAGCCCCGGCGAGGACGCUCCCGCAGAGGACAUGGCCAGAUACUACUCGGCGCUGAGGCACUACAUCAACCUCAUCACCAGGCAGAGAUAUGGAAAGAGAUCAAGCCCAGAGACACUGAUCUCAGACCUCUUGUUGAGGGAAAGCACAGAAAACAUUCCUAGAUCCAGGUUUGAAGACCCUUCGAUGUGGUGAUGGGAUUUUCAGCACUCCGUCAAAACUUUUCCUAGUUUUCACUUCAUACAGCACACCUAUGAAGCAAAUCAUAGCGUCAUUCCCAGUGCAUGCAACCAUUGUACUGAAUUCUGUAGAGUUUUUCCUUCAUCAUAUUUGUAUAUACCUUUAUUUAAAUAAAUUAUUGUGCAUUCCAAAAUAUAACAUCCUAAAUGAAAACA